AUGGCUUUGAUGUGGAAGAUCAUGCCGCAUGUCAUUCCUGCCGGGAGCGAAGCGAGCGAAGCUCAGGAUUGGCGGAAAGCGGACGAUGCAACAUUGGCAGCUUUGGCCAAGGUGUUGAUCAAGCACCGUGAUCGCUGCAAGUUCCGCACAGUCGGGCAGCGAGUCUAUUCGAGCCGAGGAGGGCAAGCGCUCUCCUUGCCGGUGGCCACGGUGACCACGCUCAACAGCUUUGGCGAGUCCUUAUCCUCGCACCAUGAGGUCCCGAUGACCGCGGUCCGCACCGCGGACCAGACGGACUGGACGUCAGACGCGCGGGAAGCAGCAGGGGUGGACGUGGUGAGCUUCGAGAAGGGGAAGGAGGUCCACGAGCCCUGUCGUGUAGCCUUGGCGCCCUUGAGGCUGGGCUCCACUGAGAUGGUCUUCAACCGACAACCGCUGGGUGAUAUGGGCUGCAGCCUUGCCUGCGGCUUCGUGCGACCCUGGGGCGGCCGGCUGCAGAUUGCGAGGCUGGUGGAGUGUUCAAUCGGCGACCUGGGCUGUGGCUUCCUGGCACGGCUCUUGGCGCAUGCGCGGCAGCCGGCGGCGAAGCUUAAGGAGCUCAACCUGAUCCUUGGAUAUCCUUUGGACUUCGGAUUUUUGGGGAGCGCCAACAAGUUCGGCGACCGUGGUGUGGUGGAGCUGGCAGAUGCGUUGCCUGUCCUAGACUCCCUGGAGAAGCUGUUGCUGGAACGGAAUAACAUUGGUGUCACUGGCGCCCAGGCGCUGGCUGGCAGGUUACCGCGCAGCAACGUACGGGAGUUGGUGAUGGGCACACACUUGGGCGGCAAUCCAAUUGGAGCGAUGGGAGUCCAGGCCUUGGCCCACGCGCUGAACGACGCUUUGGCGCGCGCGGCCGCGAACCGCGAGACGCGGCUGGAAGCGUUGGCCCUGGAGGAUUGCCAGGUGGGCGAGGAGGGCGCCAAGGCGGGUGGGCGCACCAGCGAGCGAUCAGCGAGCGGCUCGCCAGCGCGGCCAUCGCCAUUGGGAGACACAUGGAGUCAUGGAGCGCUUCUUGAUUGCCAGGGAUGGGGAUGGGAGGUGUUUCAGGUGCUUGAGGUUGUGGAAGGCGGGCAAGGAGUGAGAGUGGGUGGAUGA